AAGUGUCGGUCAGAGGACAACUCGAUGUACUUCAGUAUGGUGAACCAGACAGUGAACUAUGUUGUGACCAGAGAUAUGGACCUCAGCAUUGAGGACCUCUCCGAUGUCAUGCUGGAGGAAGUUUUUGAGCUGAAACAACAACCAGGGUGGGACAUACAAGGGGGUCUGCCUGAUGUAAACUGUGGUAUAAUUCAUGAAGGGAACUCUUUAGUGUUCAGCAGUAAUGGAGAUAGAAAAGCAUGUACACCCUACAUGGAUACAAGAGGAGUUGGAAACCUACGAUUUUACUUCUCUAUGG